GUCACUGUGCGCGCGCCUAUGCAACAACUGGAUAACAAUAUUUGUAUGGCAGGAUUAAGUGGCGCACAUUGAAGCCAUGUAACAUCUGGGAGGGGCGUCAUUGCCGUGACAGCGUUGAGUCAGUUGGCUGUUUAAAACCGAGGGUCUUCAUCCGGCGCAGAAGGGAAACCUUUCUUCUGUCUGAGAGCAGGUCUGCUGAGAUGCGCAGGGCUCCGACACAGCGGAGGUCGCGAGGCUGCUGGUGAAUUACAAUUGGGAUACGAAGCCACCGCGAGCGAGGGGCUUUCUCUUUCUCUGCUCGUGUUUAACGAAUUACCGCUCGUUUAAUUCACUGAAGCUUUCUCCUGGGGAGGGUUCCGUCCUGUGGUCUCACGCAGGAAUGAUUUUCCUCGGCUUGGUUUUGCUACAGAGGACCACGGAGACCUCCGAAGGCAUCGGUCAUGCUCUCUGGGUUCAGCUUUAGACACCUGAACAGAGGUGCAGUGGCUCCCCCUGAUGGUACCUGGUGUAAUCUGAUCUAGGAGACACCCAUGCUUAUCUACUGCUGACUUGCCUGAAAUGCAACCAUUGCUUCUACACCUCAAGAAAACCCAUGGCUGAUACUGCAAGGUGAGGGCGUGGCUGGGAGCGUGAGUUGCAAAGUCCCCAGAAUUACAUCACAUGGAGGUCAAAGGACGUCUGAUCACAUCCAUGGGUUUGGGGGCUCCUGAUGUUCAAGGCUGCCAGGACAGCAAGCUGCAGGCUGAGAGGAUUGCAGCGCUGCAAGAGAGAAAGCAGGCCCUGGAGGCUCUGCUCCACACCAGAGUGGGAGAGCUCAAACAAGUCUGUCUGCAGGAAGCAGAGCUGACUGGGAAGUUGCCACGUGCUUUCCCCCUGGAGACAGGAGAGAAACCCCCACUGGUGCAGCGCAGAUCUGGCCUGGCGCCCAACACCAAGGCGGAGGAUGAGGCUGCCCAAAGAAAGCAGAUGAAAGCCAUCUUCACUGGUACUCUGUACAGACACUCUGAAUCAGAUCGAAAUGUCCCAAAUAGCAAGAGGACAGUUCAUCGGGGGUGUCACACAGAGGACACUGUCAUGUCAGAGAGUACAAGCUCCAUGUCAGAUUCAACAUCCCAUGACAAUGAGUCUUCUCCCAGUGUGGCCGCUGACCAGCGCUCUCUGUCUCAGCCGCGACUCACUGUGGGCAGCCCUGACCACAGAAUCAGCAGGAAGCUGUCUCCAGUCGAGAUUUACUACGAGAUGAGGACACGGCGCAACUCAGUCACAAGCUCUGUUAGCCCAACUCACUCUUUACCAAGAAGUGCAUCUAACGUUGAGGGUAGAAGUGUUCCAGCGACUCCUCUCUUGGCCCGAACUGCUCCAAUCAGUGUUCACGUCAGGUCGGAUGCGUCGGGUGGUAACGGACUGAAGCAGUGGUCUGGCAGCCUGGAUGUGCCCUAUAUGAUUCCACUGGCACAGGAGGGCUCUUCUUCUGACCGCCGAAGCUGCCCUUACAGCUCCCGGGCCAGGCGCAGUAACAGCUCCGAGGCCCUGCUGGAUAGGUCCAGCCUCCCUGAUGAUCCUGCUCCCAGAAACGGGAUGCCCCCCCGAGGAGGACCCUACAAGAGCUCAGAGACACUGACUGAUGGCAAACUGCGACACAUUCAUCUGGGCAGCCCUGAGAGACAUGUGGAUGGCUCUGUGGAGCAGGCCAAAAUGCGUCUGUCCAUGGGUGGCAGGGGGGCUGGUGGAGGCUACAAUGAGCUCUUGAUGGACUAUAUCUGGGGGAAACAGCAGAGGAUGCAAGUGCAGCAGCACCUGUACCAGUCCACAGGCAGGAUCUGGCAGGACAUGUCCUCUCCCCGCUCCUCCACUGCGGCUGUGCCUCCCCAUGCCAACGGCUUUUCCCAUUCCCAGGUGCACCUCCCCAGUGCUGCGCCUCCUUUCAGCCCCAUGGUCCUCAGAGGAUCUGAAGCUGAGCUGCGCAGGGUCAAAGUCACCAGAACCAAAUCUUGUGGACCCUUUAUUCCUUUGCAGCAACAUCCCCAGGAUGCCAUCCUGCUGUCAGCUUACGAGUCUCCUCUUCCGGCCUCUGGCACCACCACAUCCUCCAUCCCAAACCUGCACCCCUACCAAACCGAGUUAUCUGGCCCCUCCUUCAGCCGCAAACCCCCACAGUUCUCUCUCCCAACCCCAGAAGACUCAACGCGCAGCUUGCAUAAAGCCCUGGCUCUGGAAGGACUGAGGGACUGGUACCUGAGGAAUGCCCUUGGCUAUCCUCCUGCUGCCCCAAAGGGCCACGAGGCCGGGAUCUCUCGCCUCUCACACCCCCACCCGCUGGUGCACCAGGCCCAGUCAGUUCAAGGUGAACCAGCCAACCUCCACAGAUCUCAGAUACCCCAGUCAGCCAGCUUCCAUGGUCACCCGCUGCAUGGAAGGUCGAUGGAGUUCUCUCUAUAUCAGGAGACUCCUCAUCCACAGAUGCAAGAAGUGACCCCAAAGGAACCCAGUGCAGACCCAGGCACCCUAGUCUGAAGCAGCAGAACACACACACGUAUACACACACACACACACACACACACACACACACACACACACACACACACACACGCACAUGUUACAUUAUAUCAGCAAAAACACUGUAGCCUCACACACACAUUCCCUCAGACUCACACAGGCGCACACGUACACAGACAAGUUGAUACAAUGUGACCUCAACAACAAAGCAAAACAUGGCAACCUCAGCAGAAAGAGACUGGAAUAAAUGACAAACUGUAGCUGUACAGUGUGAAAAAGCCUUGGCUAGUUCCCCGUGUUAUAACUGAUCCCGCCAGUAUAUGAACUUCAAACUCAGUGUUCUCGUGUGGAUGUGCACUGGAGUUAACUAAUAACAAUAUGGUCAUGCUGUACUUAAUAUAUCAAUAUUUCUGGUCCAACACAAGCAGUAAAAUCCCUCCCAAUAACCCUGAAAAGUCUCCCAAGAUAUACUUUUUUACAGAAUAUAUACAACUCUAAAUCACUAUUUUGUAUCUUCUGAGAUAUAAAGAACAGUUAUAUUAAAGAGGUAAUUUAUUUCUCAUUAGUUAUGUGAUAUACAAAGAUGUUAUAUGAGCUCACGUCCUUUGAAAAGUAUUAAUACAUGCCGGUGAAUGUGUGUUUGUAAACUAUAUAAAACGCAAAAACAUGCUUCAGUCUUCAUCUGCUGUUAAUUUCACAGCCAUUUGUAUUUUUCAUCUUUAACAAACGAACUUGCCAUGAACUGUAGCAUAGUGGUGUAGCGGACGGGAGUGCCUAAAGUUUUAAUAUCAAAACUAAACCUUGGUUAGAAACCUUUAAAGUGCUAUCUAAUAAUCUGAAAUGCUAGCAUUAAGCCUUUGUGAGCUUGGUGUAAUCAAAAACUGAAAGCAGUUCAUGAUGUCACUAAAUUAGGUUAUUUGGAAUGAUGUCAUAUAUAUUGUGAUUUUUUUUUUUUUUCCUUUUUUUAUCAAGAUUCAGCUCGGUGCUGGCUGAUAAAUGUAGCUUUCUCUUUGCUGACGUUGACAGAAUAAUUAGACUGAUUCUAGGACAAAUCUGAGGGCUGUUGAGACCUACUGUAGGGUAGUAGCACAUGACUGUAUGACAAAAAUAUACUGUGCAGGAUUUGAGUGUCAUAUGGAGCACUUUAUGAACAUCUUAAGCCUUAAUUCCCUAUAAAAUUGUCUCGAAGAGAGAUGACAGGCAGGCAGGUUUGACAGGUUUUCUAAUUGGGGGAAGAGUUAAGGAAAAGUGAGUUUCGUCAACCUCUACUGAAGGUCUUUCUGAGUGUUAGUCUGUAUAUAGUGUGGACUGUACUGGUGAGUUUCAAACUAAUAUUUUAUUCCCGUACUAACAAUGUAAUUUUUAAACUAACGACAUACUAAGUAUUUAAUCAGAAUAAUCUCCCCCACUCAUUCCGCCCCCAAGUGAGCACUAUUUAAUUGGUUGUAAAAAGUGAGGUUGGUGGUGUGAACAGAAUAGGGCUGCUGCAGUUUUGAAUGAUGAUGGUGUGAGCAGGUCUCAUACCAGUAAAUUUGUUAAUGAGAUUCAUGCUGGCUGAUUUUUGUAUUUGUAAUGAUUUCAACUCAUUUCAUGUGCUUGCUUAUGUGUUGUUUAAAAAAAAAACUUUUUCUUUAAACUGGACUAGUUAUGUGUCAUAAUAUAUUUCCAAGUUUGUCUCAACAGCAUUCUGCAAUGUAAACUUCAGAAAAAAUUACAAUAUUACAUGACAUCCUCAAGGAAGCUGAAAGUAUUUGUCUUAGUGUUAAACAGAAGUUAACAUAAUUUUUUUUUUCCAUCUCUGGACUCAUUUGAAUGUAAUUCUUUACGUUUGUCAUAAGUGAUAUUGUUUUCUACUCUGUUAGCGAACUGUAGCACACCGAAUGUUACCUGGUUUCUUCUGCUGUCUGAUGUGUUCACAUCCUCUCAGUAUCCAGCUUCAUACAGCUUCUUCCAGCUGGUUUAAACCUGAAAUCAAAGACCAAACUGCUGUGCACUGGGGGUCGUAAAUGUAUUUUUCAUAUAAUGUACUCUGUAAGUUGAAGGUAAAUUAUAUAAAUUUAGCUCUGAAGAAAAUUUAUUCAAACUAUAUUAUAUUUAUGAACCUAUAACAUUUUGUAGCUAUCUACUGUAGCUCUUUCUCAUCAGUGCGGGAAUUGGUAAUGUGUGUUCAAAAAUUUCAUUCAGCAGUGUGACGUGUUAAUAUUUGAUUCUUCUUUUUUUUUUUUUUUUUUUUUUUUUAGAUAUUUAAGUGCAGCUGUUUUCUCUAUUCCUCUCUUUAUAACCAGGCCUAUGAAAUAAGACUUAUAGGCCCGCCCUAUACUGUAUGUAUGAGAUUGUGCAUUCAUUCUACUAAAUAAAGUGUCAUGUUGAAAUCAACACAAUGUGUCAGACUUGUAAGACAUACAGUAACAGUGGCUGUAGUGAAGUUUUGCUGAAGAAAAAAAGUUGUUUCUUUGUUUGUGUUUCUUUAUUUUUUUUAGUCCAUUGUUAUUUUCGUAAAUAAAAAAAUGUAAAUGUUAAA